AUGGCUGAAGCACCACGACCUACUGGCCUGAUUGCCAACAAAGGCAUUGAGCUUCUCACGGCAGGUACGCCUAACGGGUGGAAAGCUUCCAUCCUCCUCGAGGAGCUGAAGGAGGCGUAUGGGAAGGAAUAUACAUUCCAGGCCAUCAACAUUAUGUUGAACAUCCAGAAGGAGCCGUGGUUUACCAAGCUGGGUCCCAAUGGACGUAUUCCGGUGAUUGUCGACCACGACAAGGGCGGGUUCGCUGUAAUGGAGGGCGCUGCUAUCCUGGCCUACCUCACCCGACACUACGAUCCCGAGCACAAAUUCAGCUUCACGGACCCGCUGGAUAUCAGCCGGGCGGAACAAUGGAUCGCCUGGCAGACUGGUGGGCUGGGACCGAUGCAGGGACAAGCAAACCACUUCAACCGAUUCACCAAGGAGAAGAUCCCCUACGGCAUACAGCGCUACACGGGCGAAACAGAGCGGUUAGUCGGCGUGCUCGACAUACAGCUCAAGGACCAAGACUACCUCGUUGGCAACAAAUACUCCAUCGCCGACAUCGCUUCAUACGGCUGGAUCAACAUCAUCCAAUUCUCCGGCGUUGAUCUAGACCAGUUCCCCAACGUGAAGGCAUGGUGGCAGCGCAUCUCAGAGCGCCCCGCAGUGAAGAAGGGCGUGGAGAUCCCAUCGAAGGGCGCAGGCUUCGACAACGCCGCAUACCUGCAACGACUGAAGGACGACCCAGAGUACGCGGCGAAGGAGAAGGAGCAGGCAGACCUGAUCGAGGCGGCGAAGAAGCAGUAUGGCUACAAGUUCGCGUCGCCGUAG